AUUGAUAAGAUAUAUAUUUAUUAAUGUAUUAUCAUUAAAGAAUUGUCUACCUAUAAUAUAAUAAUAACUGUUAAAACUGUAAAAUAGGUAUGUUCGUCAAUACCAGAAGGGUGAUUCAGAAAUGUUACAAAAAAGGUGUUGCAUCAUUUAUAAGAGUAAUGUACAGUAAAAAGUCGACAAUUAUUGAAAGCCAAGUAAAUCACUUUAAUCAGUUACAAGAACAAUGGUGGAAUAAGAACGGCGCCGCGAAACCACUUCACUCUCUGAACAAACUAAGAGUUCCAUUUGUUUGGGAUGGCUUGGUUAACUCAGGAGUUGUUCACAAAAACUUGCUUCUUAAACAAAACCCAGACCUGCUCGCUAACAUUGAAAUAUUAGAUGCAGGAUGCGGAGGUGGGAUUCUAGCGGAGGCGUUAAUGAGGUCAGGUGGUACGGUAACUGGCAUUGAUCCAUCAAAGGAAUUAAUAGAAAUAGCCAAGAAUCAUAAUGUAUCUCGUAAUAUAAACUAUUACUCAGUUACGAUUGAAGAAUUCUCAAUAGAAAACAAAGGCAAGUUUGAUGCAGUUAUCACUUCGGAAGUGAUAGAACAUGUUUGUGAAUUGGAAGUUUUCUUGGAGAGUUGUAUAAGUUGUUUAAAACCUGGAGGUUCCCUUUUUAUUACCACUAUCAAUCAGACAUUACUUGCGUGGUUUCAUGUUAUAGUGCUUUCAGAAAUUCUGUUUAGACAAAUACCAUUAGGAACUCAUCAGUACCGCAACAUUGUUCCAUACCAGCGACUACUAACGAUUCUGGAAAAUAAUAAAUGCAGAAUUGGUACAGGUAGAGGAAUGGUGUACAACUUUUUGAAUAAUGAUUGGUAUUGGAUCAAAACAACGGCAACCCAUUACGCUGUGCACGCUAUUAAAAAUUAAUUGUUAUCUACAAAGAAAUAUUGAAAACCAUACACGUACCACAUAUCGCGCAACGCAACACGUGCAAUUUUCAUAUAGUAACAGAAAAUCCAUUUUCGAAUAUCUUUCCACCAAAUUUUAUAGAACUAUUUUCAUCAGAAGGGUUACAUAAUUACAUUUAUCGAUUGUGUAUCCAUACCUAUGAAUUUUUUAUUAAGUAGGUAACUAUAUAGAUAUCCCUAUAUCCUAUAUCCCUUCAUGUAUUCAAAUAUUUAUUGCAAUAUUGUCCGAGGGAUAGUUAGGCUAAUUAAGCGAUCACCAUAGAGUUCUUUUCAGUUGCCACAUGCAGGGCCGGAUUUACAUAUUUUGUACCUAUGGGCCCCUAGAAAUCGCCCCCCUCCCCUUCCAAUUAUAAGCAUUUUAUACCCCAACCAAAGUUAUUGUUUACUCUUUACAGAAAAAGGUUUUUCUUUCUCAUAAUUUGCUUAGAUAGUAUCAUUGAAUAAAAACCAUUUAUUCAAUGGUAGUAUACAAUAAAAUAGCAUUAUGCGGGUCACUCUGUAAUUGGGCGCAUGCCUGUUGAGGGCCCAAAACAAAAGAGGGAUAAUAAUAAUAAUAAAACAAAUAAAAGACACCAAUUUCAAAUACCUAACGUACCUAUUUCAAGUUUAUUUUACAGUUUAAACACUGUAAUCCAAUAUAUAAACAUGUAAAUGUAACCACUGAAUAGUGUUUCAGAGCAUUCAGAGAAUCUAACGGUUACGUAACGUUAUCAAGUCACCCCAGGUACGAUCGAGAAACUGAUAAAUAUGGCUAGAGGACACCUUAAUUAAGCGUUUUCAACAAAAAAUUGCGGAAGAAGCCCUAAAUUUUCCACAAUCUUAAUACAAAGUUCACAUAAUUUCGUCGAAAUGUGAGAUUAUGUUUCUCCGUAUUUCAUAAUUACCUUUAAGUUGGUAAGAGUGUGCGUAACAUUCCAACUUCAAUUACUUAAGAGGUUAUGUUAUUUUUCUACUAUAGUGCUGUAGAAUUAUUGCCCAAAUUUGUUUUUUUACCGCCCCUACAAAUGUGCUGCUAUGGGCCCGGGCCCACAUGGCCCAAUGCUAAAUCCGGUCCUGGUGCGAUAGUUCAACCCUUAGACUAUGAAAGACCUUCUCUAAGGUUCUUUCCUUCUCUAAGGUUCAACCUAUUCCCAUAAAUGAACGGCAUCGAAACUGUAUGUAAACAUUCCGGUUUCUUCGUGCAAAAUUUUGUGCGACGUAUUGUGCGAUAAGUUUGUAAUUAUAACUUGAACUUUGAAACGCAUGGAUCACUGUACGAAGAUAAGAAAAUAAAAAUUCACAUAAAAAACGCCACAAAGUUUGGUGAUUACUGCAUAAAUAAAUCACCUUCUAAACAUGUUUGCCACUGCCAUAAGUAAAAAUCACUAAAAUCUUUAAGCGCCAAAUUUAAACUAUCGGCAAUUAUUUUGGAGCUACUAGUCGCGCCUUGAACCGUAUUACCUCAUGACCCGUGUUUCGCUUGAGUUUAAAAAUCUACUUACACACCAAAAAGCACGUUUUCGUGGCGGGGCACUCCCAUGGGUCGCAACUACGGGUAGAGUCUAGCAUGACCUUCAUUCACUUGUCGCAGUUGGGUCCAGACAGUGCCUCCUUCAACGUCCAUGGCUCCUCCUGAACUCCAGUUUCUGCUGCACAAGCUUAUCGAGCAGGCAU